CCGGGGCUAGAUGCUGGCACUCCUCUGGACCAAUAGCAGGGCCCGGUGGUGAUGUCAUGGGGUAAGAGAGGGGCUGUUGCUGAUGCUACCGCUAGUCUGUAUCCAAGGAGCAAGACAGACAGACAGAGAGAGAGAGAGAGAGAGAGACAGCCUGCUAACCCGGACCUACCCUACCACCCCCACCACCAUCAUCAACUCAGCACCGCUCCAGACGAGGGAACAGCAUUGACCAGAAUUGACCUGAGCUCAACACAGUGGAAUCAUGACCCUAGCAGCGUACAGAGAGAAGGUGAAAGAGCUCCCCCUGGUGUCUCUGUUCUGCUCCUGUUUCAACCCUCAGACCAUCGACUGUAAACCCACAUACAAAGCAGAAGAUGCGGUGGAUCUGGGCUGGUGUGUGAUAAAGGACGUGGAGGUGAUAGAGUUGAACAAGCGUUCUUCGGGCCAGGCCUUCGAGGUCAUCCUGAAGCCUCCGUCAUUUGAUGGCGUCCCAGAGCUCAACGCUACCAUGCCCCAACGCAGAGAACUCUCCAUGGAGGAGAUCCAGAAGAAAUUAGAGGCUGCAGAGGAGAGGAGGAAGUGCCAGGAGGCUGAGCUGCUGAAGCACCUGGCAGAGAAGAGAGAGCACGAGAGAGACGUGAUUCAGAAGGCCUUAGAGGAGAACAACAACUUCAUCAAGAAUGCCAAGGAGAAGCUGGAGCAGAAGAUGGAGGCCAACAAGGAGAACAGAGAGGCUCUGCUGGCGGCCAUGUUGGAACGACUGCAAGAGAAGGACAAACAUGCAGAAGAGGUGAGGAAAAAGGUACUAGCUUUGGCAGAUGCGGUGGACCUGGACUGGUGUGUGAUAAAGGACGUGGAGGUGAUAGAGUUGAACAAGCGUUCUUCGGGCCAGGCCUUCGAGGUCAUCCUGAAGCCUCCGUCAUUUGAUGGCGUCCCAGAGCUCAACACUACCAUGCCCCAACGCAGAGAACUCUCCAUGGAGGAGAUCCAGAAGAAACUAGAGGCUGCAGAGGAGAGGAGGAAGUGCCAGGAGGCUGAGCUGCUGAAGCACCUGGCAGAGAAGAGAGAGCACGAGAGAGACGUGAUUCAGAAGGCCUUAGAGGAGAACAACAACUUCAUCAAGAACGCCAAGGAGAAGCUGGAGCAGAAGAUGGAGGCCAACAAGGAGAACAGAGAGGCUCUACUGGCGACCAUGUUGGAACGACUGCAAGAGAAGAAUAAACACAGAGAAGAGGUGAGGAAGAACAAAGAACUGAAAGAGGAAGCCUGCUGGUAGACGAGUGGAGCGAGAGAGUGGUUUUGUGAGUCAAUAAGGGGAAAAAAAGAGAACUGAAAACAACCCCAUCUGAACUAUGAACACAGGAGUUAAUGUAUACGGUAACGAAUUGGAACAAGCGCACAAAAUUAAACAGGGAUUCCACAACACACAACAAAAACAUUGUGAUGAAAUAAAAGAGAUAAGGACAUGUUUGGCUGGUAAUGUAAGGUGCACCAGAGUGUGAGGGGAUGGAGAGAGGGGAUCUGGGUGUGAAGGAAUGUUUUUAUUAUGUUAAUUAUGUGGGAACAGAGAGAGUGAAGCUGGUGUUUGUGGUGGAACACAGUGGAGUGGUAGGUUAUCAAUAUGGUGCCGCAGUCAGCACCAAAACAUACAGUAACACACCCUCAGAGCCCAUUAUCCCAGAGCUGACUGAACACACCCUCAGAGCCUACUAUCCCAGAGCUGACUGAACACACCCUUAGAGCCCACUAUCCCAGAGCUGACUGAACACACCCUUAGAGCCCACUAUCCCAGAGCUGACUGAACACACCCUUAGAGCCCACUAUCCCAGAGCUGACUGAACACACCCUCAGAGCCCACUAUCCCAGAGCUGACUGAACACACCCUUAGAGCCCACUAUCCCAGAGCUGACUGAACACACCCUUAGAGCCCACUAUCCCAGAGCUGACUGAACACACCCUUAGAGCCCACUAUCCCACGAGCUGACUGAACACACCCUCAGAGCCCACUAUCCCAGAGCUGACUGAACACACCCUUAGAGCCCACUAUCCCAGAGCUGACUGAACACACCCUCAGAGCCCACUAUCCCAGAGCUGACUGAACACACCCUCAGAGCCCACUAUCCCAGAGCUGACUGAACACACCCUUAGAGCCCACUAUCCCAGAGCUGACUGAACACACCCUUAGAGCCCACUAUCCCACUAGCUGACUGAACACACCCUUAGAGCCCACUAUCCCAGAGCUGACUGAACACACCCUUAGAGCCCACUAUCCCAGAGCUGACUGAACACACCCUCAGAGCCCACUAUCCCAGAGCUGACUGAACACACCCUCAGAGCCCACUAUCCCAGAGCUGACUGAACACACCCUUAGAGCCCACUAUCCCAGAGCUGACUGAACACACCCUCAGAGCCCACUAUCCCAGAGCUGACUGAACACACCCUCAGAGCCCACUAUCCCAGAGCUGACUGAACACACCCUCAGAGCCCACUAUCCCAGAGCUGACUGAACACACCCUCAGAGCCCACUAUCCCAGAGCUGACUGAACACACCCUCAGAGCCCACUAUCCCAGAGCUGACUGAACACACCCUUAGAGCCCACUAUCCCAGAGCUGACUGAACACACCCUUAGAGCCCACUAUCCCAGAGCUGACUGAACACACCCUCAGAGCCCACUAUCCCAGAGCUGACUGAACACACCCUCAGAGCCCACUAUCCCAGAGCUGACUGAACACACCCUCAGAGCCCACUAUCCCAGAGCUGACUGAACACACCCUUAGAGCCCACUAUCCCAGAGCUGACUGAACACACCCUCAGAGCCCACUAUCCCACUAGCUAACUCAACAACAUCCACACUCUGUAUCUCACUUGCAGGCGUUUACACGUCAAAAUGAUUUCUACUGUGAUACGUUUUUCCCUAUAGCUUUAUGGGGAUGCUGUAACCAGCUCAUGCACGUCAUUCACCGUACACUAUUUUGAAUUUACCGGGGGAACACUAUCAAUGAUAAAUCAUUUGUGUAUGUCAGAUAUGUCAGAUUGGAUUGUGUCAUUGGAAAAGGCUAAAUAUGUCUCAAGUACUCUCAAGUAAUUUUAGCAAAUGUAUUAAAAAUGAAAUACAGAAAUAUCUAAUUUACAUAAGUAUUCACACAGUCAAUAAAUGUUUGAAUCACCUUUGGCAUCGAUUAUAGCUGUAAGUCUUUCUGUGUAAGUCUCUAAGAACUUUGCACACCUGGAUUGUACAAUAUUUGCACAAAUUCUUCAAGCUCUGUCAAGUUGGUUGUUGAUCAUUGCUAGACAGCCAUUUUCAAGUCUUGCCAUAGAUUUUCAAGCCAAGUUAAGUCUAAAAUGUAACUAGGCCACUCAGGAACAUUCACUGUCUUCUUGGUAAGCGACUCCAGUGUAGAUAUGGCCUUGUGUUUUAGGUUAUUGUCCUCCUGAAAGAUGAAUUCAUCUCCCAGUGUCUGGUGGAAAGCAGACUGAACCAUGUUUUCCUCUAGGAUUUUGCCUGUGCUUAGCUCCAUUACAUUUAUUUUUUAUCCUGAAAAACUCCUCAGUCCUUAACAAUUACAAGCAUACCCAUAACAUGAUGUAGCCACCACUAUGCUUGGAAAUAUGGAGAGUAGUACUCAGUGAUGUGGAUUUAACCCAAAACAUAACACUUUGUAUUCAGGACAAACAGUUAAUUGCUUUGCCACAUUUUUUGCAGUAUUACUUAAGUACCUUGUUGCAAACAGGAUGCAUGUUUUGGAAUAUUUUAAUUCUGUACAGUCUCCCUUUUCACUCUGUCAAUUAGGUUAGUAUUGUGGCGUAACUACAAUGCUGUUUAUUCAUCCUAAAUGUUCUUGUAUCACAGCCAUUAAACUCUGUAACUGUUUUAAAGUC